AUGGCGCCAGUAGCAAGAGGAAAGAAGUCGAAGAGGGUUGUAACCAAGUACACCCUUGACUGCACCCACCCUGCAGAGGACAGCAUCCUCGACCCAGCAGACUUUGUUACAUUCCUCAACAGUCGUGUUAAAGUCGCCGGUAAAAUUGGCAACCUCGGAGAAAAUAUCAUCAUUACCAAGGAGAAGAACACUGUUGCCCUGAGCGCUGAUAUUCCUUUAUCUAAGAGAUACCUUAAAUAUUUAACGAAGAAAUACUUGAAGAAGAAUAAUCUGAGGGACUGGCUUAGGGUGGUUUCUAAUAGUAAGAAUUCCUUCGAAUUAAGGUACUUCCAGGUUGAUAAUGAUGAGGAAGCUGAUGAAUAA